AUGGAAACUGUAAAUCAAGAUGAAGUUGUUGUUGCUGUUCCAGUCACUAGUGAAGAAAAUUUGGAAGUGAACGGUGCUGAUAGUUUACCUCAAAAUGAAUUGGAUACCAAUCCAGAAAAACAAGAGGAACCAUCGGAAACAACAAAUCCAGAACAACAACAAAAAGAGGAAACUACAACCAAUGAAGUAGCCAACCAAACCGAAGAAUCUGUCAAUAAUACCGAUGCACCAGCAGUACUUGCAGAAAACAAUGAUUCACCUGUAGACCAAGAAGAGGAGGAGGAGGAAGAAGGAGAGAAUCAAAAGAAAGAUAAUCAACCACAAACAAAACAAGAAGAACAACCAUCUCUAACAUCAGAACCAUCAUCAAAACUAGAGGAUCCUUUGUUCAAGAAACAUGGAGAACCAACAACAACUGUUAAUCCAGAACCAAGUGAACAAGCCAUUGAUGAAUGCCACACCAGUAAAAGAGCAAUAGAAGAAGAAACACAAGAAAAAGAGGAUUCACAUAUCAAUGUUAAGAGAAGAACAACCGUUACAGAUAGUGUCGCAAUUGCACUUUAA